AUGGGUGUUCCCAAGUUCUUCAGAUGGCUCUCAGAGCGCUAUCCAGCUAUCUCGCAAGUCAUUGCCGAGAAUCGAAUUCCAGAAUUCGACUGCCUCUAUCUUGACAUGAAUGGAAUUAUCCACAACUGUACACACAAAGAUGCGGGCGAAGAUGCUACUUUCCGACUCAGCGAAGAGGAGAUGUUUAUUCGCAUAUUCAACUACAUUGAGCAUUUGUUCGGCAAGAUUAAGCCUAAGAAGCUUUUCUUCAUGGCAAUUGAUGGAGUAGCCCCUCGUGCGAAGAUGAACCAGCAACGUGCCAGGCGUUUCCGAACUGCCUUGGAUGCUGAAAAGGCUCGCGAGAAAGCGAUCCAAGAUGGAAUAGAGCUCCCAAAAGAAGAGCCCUUCGACAGCAACUGCAUUACACCAGGUACUGAAUUCAUGGCCAAGCUCUCCCAACAACUCCGAUACUUUGUAAACAAAAAGGUCUCAGAAGACACCGACUGGCAAGGAUGCGACAUUGUCCUAUCCGGGCAUGAGGUUCCAGGUGAAGGAGAGCACAAGAUUAUGGAGUACAUCCGAAAUGCAAAGGCACAGCCAAACUACGAUCCAAACGUUCGGCACUGUCUUUACGGCCUCGAUGCCGAUCUAAUCAUGCUGGGACUUCUCAGCCACGAUCCUCACUUCUGCCUGCUGCGUGAAGAAGUUACAUUUGGACGGGCAUCCAAGACGAAGUCAAAGGAACUAGAACAUCAAAAUUUCUAUCUGCUCCACCUCUGUAUUGUGAGGGAAUACCUGGAAAUGGAAUUCCAGGAGCUUCAGAAUAAAGAUGUUUUGGGUUUUCCAUUUGAUCUCGAAAGAGUCAUUGAUGAUUUCAUCUUGAUGGCAUUCUUUGUUGGAAACGACUUCUUGCCCAAUCUUCCUGGCCUGCAUAUCAACGAGGGCGCUCUGGCAAAAAUGUUCAGAAUAUAUAAAUCUGUGCUGCCACAGUGUGAAGGUUAUAUCAACGAGAAUGGUGUUAUCAACAUGCCUCGUUUGCAACGCCUGCUCGACGAACUCAGCAAGACUGAGUUGGACCACUUUGAAUAUGAAGUUUCUGAUCAGAAAUGGUUUGCAGCCAAGCAAAUGGAGAAGAAGCUCGAAGAGAGAAAUGGGGCCAAACCCAGGUCUCAAAAGAACAACCAAUUAAUCAUUACGUCGUUCCAAAGGGAUUUGUGGAAGCAAAAGAUUCGCCCUUUCAUCUCAAACAGAUCCCAACAGCCGCUGGAUUUGGGGUCGGACCUCAAGGCAGAGGAUCGAAAAUUCGUCCAAGAUCUUGCCGACUCCAUGCAUUUACAAUGGUCUACUGAAGAAGACGAGGAGGGUAACCGUCGCCUUAAAAUCGCAUUCCCCCCUAAGAAGGAGAGCGAUGAUGACGACGAUGAUGACGAGGAGGGCAACCUCGCUGCCUACCGUGUCAUGAAAUCCUACGAUAAGGCAACUGUUGUCGAUGUCACGCCAGAAGAUGCGCAAAAGCAAUAUGAUGAAUUGUACCAGCAGAAAUAUCAGGGCUGGAAGACCAAGUAUUAUCUACAAAAGUUCGAGGAGUGGCCUCAAGACAAGUAUGAAGAAGAGCAAAAGCAGCUAUGCGAGAACUAUGUACAGGGUCUACAGUGGGUGCUGUAUUACUACUACAAGGGAAUUGCGUCGUGGCCGUGGUUUUACGCAUAUCACUAUGCACCACUUACGUCGGAUGUUACCAAGGGUCUUGGUGCCGACCUGAACUUCAAGAAAGGCCAACCUUUCAAGCCAUACGAGCAGCUCAUGGGUGUGUUGCCAGAUCGAAGCAAGAAAAUCGUGCCGACGGUCUAUCACGAUCUGAUGACUAACCCAAAUUCCCCCAUCAUCGAUUUCUAUCCGAGAGAUUUUGAACUGGACAUGAACGGCAAGAAAAUGGAAUGGGAAGCGGUGGUCAAGAUUCCUUUCAUUGAAGAGACACGUCUCCUCACUGCCAUGAGGCCUAAGAAUGAGCUUUUAAGCGACGACGAAAAGGCACGAAACGGCUUUGGAGUUGCCAUCAAGUUCACCUACUCCCCAGAAGUGAAUUUCGUCUAUCCUUCUCCCCUGCCUGGAAUCUUCCCGGAGAUCCAAUAUUGCCGUUGCAUUGAGAACAUAUUCGACCUACCCAAUGUUGAGGGGCUUGAGUACGUCUCAGGGCUGACCAACGGAGCCUUGGUAAACAUCAAGGCCCUUGCUGGGUUCCCGACAAUGCAUACGCUACCAUACUCAGCACAGCUGGUGGAGGGAGCUGGAGUCAAUGUUUUCCAGCAGGACAGCAGGAAUCCAAGCGUCAUUGUCACUCUUACCGAUACGGAGAUGCGCACAAAGGUCGGAACUUGGAAAGAGAAAUUGGGAAAGCGCUGCUUCGUCGGCUAUCCAUUCCUUCAGGAAGCCAAGGUUAUCAAGGUUCAAGAUGAACUCUUUACCUACGAGUUGGCUGAGAAUGAACAAGAUGUCAUCACAAAGGAUCACAGUAAUAGAGAUGCUGCUGAUUAUGCAAAGGAGGCAGAGUUCUUGGAGAACUGGCAUGCCAAGCGUCUAGGCAUCACAGUUGGUCAGGUUGAAUGCCUAGUCCACGUCCACAUGCUCAAAGGCCUCAUCAGAACAGAAGAGGGUGCUCUGAUCAAGGAAUAUGCCGAAAACCCUAGCCUGCGCAAGGUAUAUGCAUCGCAGACUAUCGUGGAGGAGGUAGUCAACGAGGACGAACGCUUCAUUGAAAGGCCAGCCCUCCCCAUCGAAGAAGAGUUUCCGCAAGGCACAAGAGCUUUCUUCCUGGGCGAGUUCGCUUAUGGCCGCCCAUUGGAAGUGACGGGACACGUGAAUGGAAAAGCAAAUAUUGUCGUGUCCGUUCCUAAGAACAAAGAGCCAGAGAUCACCAAGCAGAUGAUCUUCCAAGCGGAGCGCAACAACCCAUACACGCCUUCAUACGCAAUUGCCAAAAAACUAGGCAUUCAUCCCCUCAUACUUAGCAAGAUAACAUCAUCUUUCCAAGUUAUCAGUUCCGCAGGAUUGAAACUCAAUCUGGGUCUCAACCUGAAGUUUGAAGGCCGAAAACUCAAGGUGUUAGGGUUCUCACGCAAGUCAGAGACGGGGUGGGAAUUCUCUAACCAGGCUGUGAAACUGAUUGCCGACUACAUGGUGGCCUUCCCCGACUUCUUCGCGGCGAUCCAAAGGGAGCCGCAGAAGAGCGAGACUUAUGAAACCGACCUGUGGAACGAUCCCAGCGUCGCAAACCAGAGGAUUAAAGACAUAGUGGCAUGGCUGAAGAAGCAAGAAACUAGCAAGUUUGAGCGAGUUCCGCUGGAUGCUGAGCAACUGGACUCAGAGGCUGUCAUGGCCUUGGCCAAAGCCGGAGAGCAGCUGCACCAGGCGAGUCUAGAAGCGACUGCCAAGACUCUCAACUCUGUGCCUCGUACAGCCUUGCUGAAACCAGCGGACGCGGAAAUGGUAUUGGUAGCUGGUAUUUCUCGCACCGCGACUGCUGUUCUCUUGGAUGUCGUCUGGGAUGUCCCCUUCAUGAGCGGCACAACCCUUGGCGAGAGAGCCCCAAUGUUCCGUGGGCAGACCGUGUCAUCAUCUACCGUGCUGAACACUACAAACUGGCAGGUCGUCUCUGCCUCAUCCAAGUCCCGGCAACGACGCAAUGUUCCAGCAACCGGGUCCACCGGAUCGUACGGCUCGGUCGGUGUAACACAGUACAAGGACGCUCCUGCGCCUCCCGCUUUACGCGGCGGAUGGCGUGGAGCUGCCACGGGCGAGUCUGGCCGUGGACAGAGCAGCCCCAAUCGCGGCGCACGUGGAGGCUCACAAGGGGGACCCCCAGGAGGCGAUGACGCGAACAAAGCUCAAAAUGGCAAUCAUGUAAAUGGGAGAGGCGGCAAUGGCGGUGGCCGAGGUCAAGGGCGUGGUCGAGGCAAUGGCGGCAACAGAGGCUCGGCUGCUCCACAAGCUGGAGGACGAGAUUACUCCAACGUCCCGCCUCCGGCCAACCUUGAGGCAUCGCGAGGUGGACGAGGCCGUGGCCGAGGAGGAAGGGGACGUGGCGGGGGUAACCCCAAUCGCGGCCGUGGGGGGGCUAUAGCGCACCAGGCUUAG